AGUGUUCUGUGGUUCUAACCUAGCAAAUAAUUUGUAGAGUCAUUUUUUGACUUAUUUUUUGUUAGUGAUUUUGUAUUCAGAUUGUCUCCGUUCGUAAAAAUGCUACUGAAUCAAAUAUCCAUAGCAGGUGCCGAUGACUGGAGAAAUGCCGCUCAUAGCACUGGGACUUCUAUUAUGGCAGCAGAAUUCGAUGGAGGAGUAAUUAUUGGUGCUGAUUCCCGUACAACUACAGGGGCGUACAUUGCAAAUCGUGUAACUGACAAACUAACUAAAGUAACUGACCAUAUAUAUUGUUGUCGAUCUGGAUCAGCAGCAGAUACUCAAGCCAUUGCUGAUAUUGUAUCGUACCAUCUGAACUUCCAUGGUAUGGAACUAGGAGAAGAGCCCCUUGUAGAGGUGGGGGCUGCUAUCUUCAGGGAGCUUUGCUACAACUAUAGGGAUUCUCUCAUGGCGGGAAUCCUAGUUGCUGGCUGGGACAAAAAAAAGGGGGGACAAAUUUAUUCUAUUCCUAUCGGAGGGAUGUGUGUUAGGCAAGCGGUUUCUAUUGGAGGUUCAGGUUCCAGUUAUGUUUAUGGUUAUGUAGAUGCUAAUUUCAAACCCAAGAUGUCAAAGGAGGAAUGUGCGAAAUUUGUCACAAAUACUCUGGCUCUUGCAAUGUCUAGAGAUGGAUCAUCUGGAGGUGUUAUCCGUCUAGGUAUAAUUACGGAGUCGGGAAUUGAACGUCGUGUCAUCUUAGGCGAUGAUCUACCCAAGUUCUAUGAAGGAUAGAGCAUAUAAUAAUCAUAAUUUUUCAUUUUGUAAUUGGUGUCAAUAAAUCAAAUAAAAUAAGGUUUUCUUUA